UGUCGGUGAGCCGAAAUAGAUCGCGUUGUUUAUAUCAUACAAUAAAUACAACACGUUAAUGACCCGGUUAACCCACCUCCAUGACUUCUCCAGAAGAUGAGAGUGUUUCCUGGAGGCUAAUAGGCCCUGUGUCCGAGCUGUCCAAGAAACAAUGCAGAUUGAUCUAUUCAUCUGAUGGACGCGACGCGGAUGUUUGUCUGUUUAAUGUGAGCGGUGAAUUCCUCGCGAUGGACGCUCGCUGCGCGCAUUCUGGAGGUCCGCUGUGUGAUGGAGAUAUCGAGGAGGCCGAUGGGGUUCUUCAGGUUUUCUGUCCUUGGCAUGACUAUGACUUUAAUCUCAAAACAGGGAAAUCAAGCACAGGUUUACAGCAACAAGUUUAUGAAGUGAAAUUGGAGGACGGCAACGUAUACGUCAAGCACACAAGCGAGCUCUCGUUACAACCUUUCGGCCAGGUCAAACAGCACUGAAGUUCUUGGUUCUUGCAGUGUUUAGUUCCCUUGAACUAAAUCAUCUGUUUGGAUCUCGUUACUUUGAGUAAUAUUUGAAAA